GACACCGAACGACCAAGUGCGCCUGCUCCCGCUGCCAGCGUCCCCGCCUGGUCCCCCUUCCCCGCCCCAGCUCACGGCCAAGUCCCCUUCGUUCUCCAGGGCAUCCCGUGCUGCUCAUUACCCCGGCCUUGCACUCCCUUUGCAUCGGCCUUAUUCUCUUGCUUUUUUCCUCCUUUUAUUAUUAUUAUUCCACGCAGCGCGUGUCUCCCAAAGCUCCCCAUGCAAGGCCGCUUACAACCCCCUCCACGUCCAGCAAAGGCUGCAUCGGCAAUUCGCAAGAAGGGACCGCCAGCAGGUCUGCACAUAGAGACCCCCGGCAUUCAUGGCAAUGGUCUCCUCGCACCUCCAACCGCCGACAGCUCUGCGUCCUCUGCAGCUGUCUCUCCUGCAACCUCAGAGUCGGGUUUUUCCUUUCCGCCACCUCCCAAAGGUCGAGUUCGUAACAUGAAGAGUCUGUCUCUCAUGCUUCCCUCCGCUCAGUCUUCGACUAGCUCCCUUGCAAUUCCUCCAGCGGAAGAACCGCCGACCAGCGCUGUUCCACCACCCUCUGCAGGCCGAAGGCGCACAUCUGUCUCCUCGUUGCCGGUACCCACUGCCCCAGCCUUGUUGCGUGGCGAAGAGGACGGUUCUCCCUCCGCACCCUAUGUCGAUGGCCCGAUCGAGAUUCUUCCUCGCAUCUACCUCGGUGCGGCUCACAAUGCCACUGACUGGGCCAUGCUCCGCCAGAAGGGCAUCAGGAGCAUCCUCAACGUUGCACGAGAGGUAGCCUCUCCUCUCGAUAGUGUCAACACACAGCAGCACCGCGGCUUCGCCUCGAUGUCCGACCUUCACGUUCAGCAGGAUGACUUUUACCCGGCGCACAAACUCAGCGGCCGUCCAGCCCUGUACUAUCUCAAACUCCAAUGGUCUCACGGUCAGUCCGACCUUGUAAAAAAUGGAUUCGCCACAGCCAUGGCGUUUGUCGACCGUGCGCACGAGCGUGGAGAUGGCGUUUUGAUCCAUUGCCAACUAGGUAUCUCGCGGUCAGCGACUCUCGUUAUCGGACUUGUCAUGCGAGCCGCUGCGACGAAAUCAGCUUCCGUGCCCCCUGAGAUUUGGGCGCUGAAGGGGAUGCAGGGUGCUUAUACCUACGUGAAGGAGAAAAGUCCAUGGGUUGGACCAAACAUGUCACUCAUUUAUCAACUCCUUGACUACGAACGCAAUUUGACCGGAGGAUCUUCCUCUCCAGCUGGUUCGAAUCAUUCUCGGACGUCCAGCGAUGCGGCUGAUGAGGAAUGGGGCCGCCGUCGUGCCAUGCUCGAUGAGGCUUCGGAGCCGGAGGAUGAGGAUCGUGAGAAUCCAGAAAUCGCACGCGAAGCUCGGGCCUUGGAUAAAGCGAUGGAGGAUCGUGUCGUCGCUCGCAAAGCGUCUAGCUCAUCGAUCGGUUCAGGCAUUGGGAUGGGUGCCGCAUGGAAAAAUCGUUACGGUUCAUCGCGUAAGCGAGCAGGAUCUGUUGCGAGCAACGGGACUUCAAAUAGCAUGCUCAGCGAGGAUCUGGUCGAGGAGGACGAGGAACAGGAAUUGCUUGGGACUGGAGGCGGGUUCGAUGCCACGAGUAUCGACAAUACUUCGCCGGAUGUCCUGGAAGGAGCUCACUCGAGUGAUGACGAUCAUUACGCUAGUCAAGCUACGCCCAUGGCGUCCCGCCUGCAACGUCCUCAGAUCGUCGUGCUACCGUCCGCUCCUGCUUCGAAGCCGUCAUUCACGCUACCACCAGUUCCUUCAGGCAUACGCAAGAGGGCACAAGGGAUGAUCGCUCCUUCGGCACCAGCUACCAAGUCCACUUUCUCGCUCCCGCCUAUGCCUAAAACUGCAGCUAAGUCCUCGUUCGACCUGCCCCCGGUACCGAAAACGGCAGCGAAGUCCUCGUUCGACCUUCCUCCGAUACCCAAAACAGCAUCAAAGCCUUCGUUCGAUCUCCCACCAGUUCCGAAGAUGGCAUCAAAGUCGUCGUUUGACCUCCCGCCUCUCAAUACCAGUGCCGUUGGUGCAGCAGCUAAGAGGCGUCGGCCGCCACCAUUAGGAAUACUUCCUCCCGUUCCUCACUCGCCCAUCGCGACCGUCGAAUCGACGCCGUCAACAUCGGUAUCGUCCGCUCGUUCUAUCCUCCUAGCGCAACCUCAACAUUCGCAACCUCAGCUACCGCCACGCGCACGAACCGUUUCCCGGAGACCCAUACCCCCACCUUUGCAGAUCAUGUCCCAAUCCAACUCCUCCCAAAAAUCACUGCUGCUCUCGGCGGCCUCGACGUCGUCAAGUCGGAGUCACGGUAGUAGUAGCCGAAAUUCCCGUAGCUCGAAUGGCUCACGCAGUUCACACCAGCACCCACUCUUCACGCCAUCCUCCCAGACGCUCUUUGUGUUCCCGCCCUCGCCUACGCAGCCUUCCGCGUCGUAUAUCUCGGGCUCAGCAACACCGUCGGCUAUGACCUUGACGUCCAAUCCUAUGCCUAUACCGUUUCCGACGAUCUCGACGCCGAGGUUAUCGAGUUUGAGGGGCCAGCAAGGAAGCAGUGGGAAGUCAAGAGGAUUCUUUGGGAUAACGACAGCGCCAGUGACUCCGACCACAGCGCAUUCGAGAGUCGAUGCGCGGGGAUGGUUUGGCAUGAAAUGAAGCACUACGAUCAUAAUGCUUUACGCUUCAUGACCAGACCGCCUCACUCAUUUUCGCGUUUUCGUCUUCAUUGGUGGAUGUACAUCUAGUUCGCACGGUACGAUCUGACGAGACAUUUGACAUGCCGGACAGUUUUCUUCGCAUUUUGAUUUAUUUUCUCUGUCGUCACGCGCUUCACUCACUCGCACGUUGGACCUCAUCCGCACUUCAUUGCACUUGGCUCAUCUUUUUUUGGCUUCCAAGCCUCGUUCUCCGUUUCUCGUCUCUUCGCUCGCCACAUUGCAUUGUUGUACAACUCAUCCUUCACGCACACGCAAUCUCGCUUUCGCACCUCACCUCAUCGGACUCGACAUUUUUCCUUGCAGCCGUGCAACCUCACAUCCCCUCACUCAUCGAUAUUCAUCUGUCAUCCUCAAUUCAUCCCCCUUCCGUCUCACCCUUCUCCUCCCCGCUGUCCGACUUGCACUGCUGCAUUUUCUCUCCAUUUCCGUUUUUUCUCCGUCCUCGCAAGCGUGUUCGUUUCAUCGUUUGGCCCGAGUUUUGUUCAGUGUGUAUCAUUUUUUACUUCUUUUCUUUGUCCAUCUAUCUUCAUCUUCAUCCUCAACUGAUUUUAUUUCUGCCUUCCGCCCCAUCAUCUCUCAGUCCGUCUGUCCAUCUGUCCGUGCAACCAUCUAUUUACAGCGGCCGGUUCCGCUUCAUCAUCUUCAUCCACCUACACACCUUCCGAGCGCCGCAUCGUAUCCUUCAAUCGGCGUUCGAAAGUCGACUUCAUUCCUGGUUCACUGGGAUGUUCGACCUUGUGCUAACGCCCAUGCUCAACGCGUCGCGCUCUUAGCCUUUCAAUCUCGCCUUUGUCUUGUUUUCCCCUUUUGCUGUAUGCAUACCUAUGGAUAUGGAUAUAUAUGUACCUAUACAUUUAUGUCGAUCAUCGCUGACAUCGAGGCAUCGAGGAGAGUGUUUCUUCAUCUCGAGACGAUUCGGACUUAGUACAUAUUGCCCGUGGUUCCGUAGCUUACAGUAAGCUUACAAUAAGGUAAGGAAUGAGGGAAGAAGGCAGCAGAGGCUUAGCGUAGCGUAGUGUGGUAAUUUGUGGUGGCUCGUAGUUCAAAGGAAAUAUAUAACAG